AUGAAGUAUCUACUUGAAAAUGGGUACCCCUGCGAUGAAGAAGUAUGCCGAGAGGCUGCCAGCCGUGGAAAUUUGGAGAUUCUGAUGCUUUCCCAUGAAAAUGGGUGUCCAUGGAAUGAGACGGCAUGCCGUGAUGCUUCUCGAAAUGGCCAUUUGGAUGUUCUGAAAUAUCUACAUGAAAAUGGGUGCCCCUGGGACAAAGACACAUGCUCUUCUGCUGCUAGCGGAGGGCAUCUGGACAUCUUGAAGUAUGCUCAUGAGCUUGGCUGUCCCUGGGAUGCAUACGCAUGCCGUGAGGCUGCUAGGCGUGGAAAGUUGGAGAUUCUAAAGUAUCUACAUGAGCAUGGCUGUCCUUGGGAUGCAGACUCAAGCUAUGCUGCUCUGGGCUACCAGUGGGGACAGAUGGAAAUGUUAAAGUAUCUGCAUAGCAAGGGGUGCCCAGGUUUGGAGGAGUACUUUGAUGGUGAGUUUCUUUUGGGCCAAGAAUCUGAUGAUUCCCCCUUGGGCGAAGAUUCUGAUGGAGACUACUAG